AUGGGCUCCGGCGGAUCCGUUCUGAGCGACUCCCUGAAGGAUGCCAGCCCGGCACAGGUGGCUGAGACCUUCGGCACUCUCAGCGCCGAAGAUAAGAAGAAGGUCGCAUCGGCUCUAGCCAACGUUGGCGAGCAGGAUGCUCCCAAAGAGGCAGCACCAGAGAAGAAGGGUCCCACGCUUUCCGAAGAGCAGCGCAACAUGUUGAAGGCAGCAUUCGAGGAGAUUGACAAGGACAAGUCUAGGGCGAUCGAAGCAAAUGAAUUGAAAGCAGUUAUGGCCAAGAUGAAUGUGCCGCUUUCGGAGGAGCAGAUUGAUGGUGUUUUCAAGCGCGCCGAUGUCAACAAGGAUGCCAAGCUAAGCUUCGAGGAAUAUGAGAGCCUUGUUCUGAAGAGCCACUUGUCCUGCAACAUGUUGCUCCAAGAUCUCUUCUCUGGCUCUUGUAUCAUCAGAGCAGAAGCUGGACUGAACAUGGCUGUCUCAGGCGCGGAUGCGGUGCUGCGGUGCGCCGCGCGGUCGAAGCACCGCUGGCGGGAUGGCCCCAGAGCGAAUGCCUUGGAAGGGGACUUUGUAUUUGACGACGCCUAUGCAAUUGUGCAGAACCCAGAUGUUUACUCCUCCAGCCCGUGGUUUCAGGUCUUUUGGCAUGACUUCUGGGGCUUUCCGCUCCUGUCGGACAAAAGCCACAAAAGCUACCGACCACUGACGACGCUCACCUUCCGCCUUCAAAUGUCCUAUGCCGGUGACCGUGCGGAUUCUGCCGCGAAGAUGAUGCACAGCUUGAAUGUCUUCUUGCAUAGCCUGAACAGCGCUCUUCUGGUCUUUCUGUUUCAGACCUUCGGCUUCCGUGUCGGAGAGUCCAUGCUUGGGGCUUUGCUCUUUGCCUGCCACCCGGUGCACAUCGAAGCCGUCGCCAGCUUGGUGGGCCGGGCGGAGCUGUUGGCGGCGCUGCUCAGCAUCCUGAGUUUGCUGUCCCACAGCACGCCCCUCGCUCUGGUUCUCGCCGGCCUGGCUUUGCUCUGCAAGGAGACCGCUGCAGUGGUCGCCUUGCCUCUGUGCUCUUGCCUGCAGCUGAGGAAGUCGCGUCUCAAGGCUUUGCUUCCCAUCCUUUGGCUGUGUCUCUUGAUACCACUCCGGCUUCUGCUACAUGGUGGGAUGCAGGCUCGUCCAUUCCUUCACCGAGAGUCAAAUCCUGGAGCCUUUGCAGAGGAUUGGCUGUCGAGAAUUCUGACGUUGCACUACUAUUUGUUCAGGCACUUGCAGCUGCUGGUUUGGCCUCACCCACUCUGCUGCGACUGGAGCCACGGCUCUAUUCCGUUGCUGGAGUCUCCUGCGGACCUUCGGGUAGCUGCCUUCUGGGUCUAUGCACUGCCUGCGGGGCUCCUCAAAGUGAGCAGGAUCCGCGAAGGAUCACACACUGGCGUCAUCCUCUCCAGUCUGCUGAUCUUCCUCUCCCUGCUCCCAGCGUCCAACCUGCUCUUUUCCGUGGGCUUUACAGUGGCAGAGAGGGUCCUGUACCUCCCCUCCCUCGGCUUCUGCGGCAUCUUGGGUCAUGUGCUUGGCCGUGGCACCGGUGCCACCGGGCAGCGGUGCCUGCGGCUGGGGGUGGCAGGGGUGGUGCUGGCGUUGUGGUCCUACAGCUGCCUGCAGCACAGCCGUGCCUGGUGGACGGCGGAGGCCUUAUACCGCGCAGGCCUCCAGGCCAACCCUCGGAACGAGAAGCUCCACGACUUGUUGGCCACACGCCUGCAGAACAGCGGCGGAGACCUGCAGGAGGCCACCUGGCAUGCGGAGCAAGCCAUCGCUCUGAAUCCCUUCUACUGGCACGCCCACGCCUCCCUGGGGCAGCUGAAGUCUGCGGCAGGCCAGCGCGCGCAAGCGGUGAAGCACUACAAACGGGCCCUGCGUUUGGCCGAGCAGCAGCACCUGGAUGACGUGGCAGAUGCUCCGAAGGUUCGGCUGAACCUGGCGGUCAUGUUGCAGGACAGCGAUGCCAAAGCCGCAGAGCAUCACUUCCGGCGCUUUGAGGAGGCGGCCUCUCAGGAGCUCCGGCAGAUGGGCCUGUUGAUCUUCGGCGCCUUCUUGGAGUCACGCGACCCCAAAGAGGCCGCGGAGAGGUACGAGCAGGCGCUGCGAGACCAAGGGCCUCACCAUGGGGUGGCCCACCUGCGCCUGGGCUCGCUGCUCCGGCGCCUGGCCAACGCUUCGGCCGCGUCCGGCGCGGCCGCGCCGGCCGCAGUGCAAAGGGUAGCGACCCCGAAGGCAACCCAGGCGAGCCCGAAGCAGAGGUCCGAAGGCAACGAGACAGAGGCGCCAGGGUUGCGAGUGGGCGACUCCUGGCGAGCAGCUUGGGGGCAAUGCUGGCGGCGAGCCGUACCCUGGUCGGUCCCUUGCCUGCCUGACUGGGAUUUGGUGGAGAAGGACGGCACGUGCAAGCGAGACAUUCCCCCAACUUGGCAAGUACUGAGACGUUGGUGGAGAUGUAUGUGGACAUUUGCAAACUCAGGCGAACAGGGUAGCUGUCGCCUCAAAACCACCGACGCCAGCGGCCGCGCAGAAGUGGAGACGGAGACCGAGAUCUUGAGCACGUGGCCGCUGCCUGCCACAGAGGAACGGGCUCUGCACCACCUGCAGCAAGGUCUGCUGACCUCGGCGCCUUCCGCGCUGGAUCCUGGGGGAAGAAAGCGGCGAGAGGCCAUGGCCGUGGUAGGCGCGCGGCUCACCUUGGCGCGGCGGCACGGGGAGGCGCGGGCGCUGCUGGGCGCCGCGCCGCAGGAGGUGCUGCCGCAGCUGGCGACGGAGCAGCUGAAGGUUGGCAACGCUGCGGUGGCGCUGGAAGCCUUCAGAGCGGCUGCCUCCUUGCAGCAGACCGCGAGCACGCACCUGGGCAUCGCGGCGGCGUUAGAGCAGCUCGGACAGGCGGGGCCCGGCAGGGGGUGA